UCGUAAUAGCAACCUCGUAGUAACCACGGUCGGCAAAGCAGUUCUCGCCUGUUUCUCGAGGCGAGAAGCCGCGCUCAGACGCUCCGCGCUAUCACUUCACUUGUCAAAAUAAAAAUAUUAACCUCUCCAAAAUAAUUCACUGUAACUUCAUAAAAAAAUCCGGGCUCUAAAUUCGCGUAAAAAACAUGUAACUCAAGAUUGGUGGUUCCAGAUUUCGUGUAACAAUGGUUCUGCCGAACAGCACGAUGGGACGUGCUCUGACGAGCCGGUUCCUCGCCCCGAGGAAGAAGAUCGCUGCCUGCCUUCUCUUGCUACUGUUCGUCGUCUUCACCAUCGUGAUCUUCACGUCUGCCAGUGCUCGUCUCCAACGCGAGGAGCACAUGGAAGAAAUGAUAGCAGAAAUGCAAUCACACCUGCAGUUUCUGGAAGCACAGUACAGAGGAAGGCAGGAAGAUGUGAUCUCCUUACAGGCGAAAGUGUUUUCCGACCGUGGUAACAGUACUCCGAAUCACGUGACUGCGCAAGAAGCAGCUCACCUGGCGGCAACCAUGACUCCUGCAUUGACAGCACUUCUGAAGAACAUGACCGGUACCAGAACAGCAGCUGGCAUUCACACCAAGAACCUGCAACAACUGAGAACUCCCUUCGUAUACCAGCUCCUCCCUCACCUCAUGAACAGCCCUUACAGCUUGAAGCCAGCAUUCCACAUGAGGGGGGGGCGAUCCUUCUCCUACAUCGUCGUAGGCGUACCAACAGUCAAGAGGGAUAAAGAGAGCUACUUAAUAGUUACACUCACUAAUCUCAUCAGUGGACUAACACCAGCUGAUGUCAAUGACACACUCAUCGUCGUGAUGGUCGGCGAGUCUGACCUCGAGUACGUCGUCAACACUGCCAGGACUAUUGAAAUAGCGUUUCCAAAGCAAGUGGAUAGUGGCCUCAUAGAGGUCAUAGCACCAUCAGCAGCUUACUACCCCAACUUUGAAACUCUCCCCGUGACCUUGGGGGACUCCCACAAACGAGUUAAAUGGAGGACAAAACAAAACUUAGACACAAUAUACUUAAUGGCCUACGCACAAUCUAAAGGCACCUUUUACCUGAUGCUGGAAGAUGAUGUCAUCGCUAAGAAGAACUAUAUUCAGGAAAUCAAGAGAUACACAGCGUCGACCACCGUUGCCAAUCCCCAGUGGCUGUUCAUUGAAUACUGCCACGUCGGAGGCAUAGGCAAGCUGAUCCGCUCAGCUGACCUCCUCCACUUCAUCACUUACGUGCAGCUGUUCUACAACAACAUGCCCAUCGACUGGCUCCUCGAGAGCUACCUGGCUGACAGAGCCUGCACCAUUGAAAAGACAGCUAAAAAAUGCCAACAAGCUAAAGAAUCCAUCCGGCCGAAAUACAAGUCGUCACUGUUCCAACACAUCGGCUUAUACUCUUCACUGAAGGGGAAGAUUCAUAAAGUUAAGGAUGUUCAUUUUGGAACUGGACCUACGUUCUACCCGCACACGAACAACCCACCAGUGCAUACCCUCAAGACGGAUAUACCAGAACUGCCAGGUCAUACGUUGAGGAAGGCCUACCUUGGCCACACAUACUUCUGGGGCGAGAAGCCGAAGAAGGGAGAUUUGGUGGAGUUUUGGUUCGAAAGACCAGUCGCCCUAUCUCACUACACUUUCCGGAGCGGCAAUAUUGAACAUAUAAAGGACAAGUUUUACCAUACCAGUGUGGAAGUUUUACCAGUUAGAAACACGAAUUUUACAUCCGUUGGGGCCUUCGACGAGUUUGGUCUGGCUGAAGGCGACUUGAAGACAGGACUCAUCUCUGCCAUCCGGCUGAAAGUCAAUAAGGACAGCACCUACUGGGUUAUUCUUAGUGAGGCAAGUUUUUGCAACAUCUGA